AUGAUAGAGAUCAUAAGAAGAUUGAGAUUGGAAUGGGAUAAUUAUGAAGCCACAUUGAUAAGAAGAAAAGUAAUCGAAGUUAGAGAAGUCGCCAAUGAAGUUCGUGAAGUACUGGAAAUUUCUGAUCGUGUUGUAUACCUCGAAUUUGGCUUCAAUCAUUUAGUCGUCAUCACACCCAUGCAGUGCCAUGUGUACUCUGUGACGAAUUGGAAUACACCGGUGAUAUUUAACUUAAAGAGGAGUACCAUCUCUGCUGUAUUUCUUGCAGAAAAGCACUUUUUAUUUGUGGAAUGGAAUACUGUAUCGUUGUAUAGUUACCAAGGACGUUUACUGGGUAAUCCAAGAUGGAAAGGUUUUUCUUCAGAACCACUAUAUCCUGCUUGCAUAUCAUUGUGUGCUGAUACUUUGGUCAUAAGAAAUCAAAACAAUGAAAAACUGCUUCAUAUCUUGGAAAUACCUUACAACAAGCCAAUAGUAGAAAGUCAAUCACAUUCACACCUGCACAACGUGACACAAGUGGCCUUAAAUUAUAAAGGUGAUCGACAAUUGGCAUUAAUAGAUGUCAAUAAAGAUUUAUUUUUAAUUGCAAUAAGGACAACAAGCUCUGGAAGAAUAUGCAAAAUAGGGUUUACAAUCUUUUGACAGUGGCGUUUUAAAGGGACGUACCCAACCCUUUACAAUGACAACACUUUCCUAACCCGUCCUGACCAUAGCGGCCUUUAACAUUCUAGCGCCCUUCCUUCCUUUCACGCCCCUCUUUCUUGCCCUUUUCCCUCUCCCCGUCUGUCCAUUUCCCUCCUUCCCUAC